GAAACGGAGGAAGCCGAAGAGGACGCAUAGGAGUCAACAGCACCCGGGAGACCAUCCUGUGCCAGGCUGGAGAAUGUGCGGCCAGGACUCGGCUGGUGUAGGUUAACAAAUUUCUGGUGUGCGUCUAAUACCUGGAGAAAUGGCUCUUGUUGGAGAAGUGCAUGUGGUGCCCAGCGGUAAAGUCUACAGACAGAUCUUCGAUGCAGAGGUCCAGCUGGUGCGGUCUCUUGGUGAGGCACGGGCUCGGGUGGCACAGAAUGGAGUUAGCUUGGACAGUGCAAAGAUUCCUCUGGUGCGAGAAGAGACACAAUCAGCUGGACUGCUGUCCCAUCGCCAGCGUCAAUGGGUGGACAGUAUGCCAUACGAUUCCUACACUGAAAACCCAAUUGUGUACAGGGAGAAAACAGCAUCAGCUUUAAAGAAGGUACAUGAAAGCGAAGAUGAGAUUGCAGCAAGAGAAGUGAGAGGUCUUUGUGACAUUAUAGUUCCUGAGAAGAGAGACAGUAACAUCUUGCAGCGAAUCACCACCAACAGACAAGAACGGCAUGAGAAGGCGACUUCUGAUCUGCAUAGAGAAUUAGCUGACAUCAGCAAGGAAAUGGAGGCCUUAGUUCUGGAGGCUGGAAGGACUCUCCAAAGAUAUAUAUCAGAGUCUGAUAGAAAGAUUGACUUGUUAUUCCAGCAGUGUGAAGAAAGGAAUGACAACAGGUCCCUCACAAUGGUGUUUUUACAAGAAUUUUGGGAUCAUGUGGUUGAGGAAUCCUCUUACAGAAAGGAGUGGAUCAGGCGCACAGAGAACACUUUGUUUUUUCUAGAAGAGAAACGUGCAGAUCGGAUCGCUGAUGUGUUGAAGAAAUUCACAACACUUUUGACCAAGAUUUGCUAUUUCAUGCCUUCUAAUGUGCUUAGGUUUAUUCAUAAAGAAGCUAUGAUGAUGAAUCAAGCCAUACUUGCCAACCAAAGAGCAAUUUCCAAGCUGUCUCUGAAUCUGAUGGAAACAGAACUAAAAAGAGAGGGGACUCAACGCCUUCAGUGGCAAGACCUGAUAAAAGCCUGGAAAUCCCAUGAAAACGAAAGAGUGAUAACCAAAUUCAGGCUGCUUGCAGAGAAGGAGAUGGACGAGAUGCCUAGUAGUGUCAAGAGGGAGGUUGACCUGCUGAUAGAUCAGCACCAGUCACUGCACAGCAAGAGACUUCAGCUGCUGUGUUUGGUCAGUGAUUUCAUACCUGAGACCUGUACAAAGACAGCAGUGGCUGAAUGGCAUACAUCUCUUCUGGACUUAAAUAAGGAGAUAGAGUCUAUGAGCACACAGUUUUUACACAGACUUCAUAACCUUCAGAGGGACACCAUCCAUCGAUGUACAACAGCAGCAGAAGCAUGUCAAGCCCAGCUGAUGAAUUUGGACAUCUGUAACAAAGACGAGGCCGAGACAAUCUUGACCAUAGAGCUUUCCCCAAUCACCACACAAUUCCUGAUAAAAUAUGACAAAGAACAAAAGCUCUUCUCUGAUGUAAUGAUGACUGUAUCAAAGCAAAUGGACUCACAUACAAAUAAGUUAUUUAAAUAUGCUAAAAAAGCCGUUCAUCUUUGGGAUGUCUUGCAAAUCGGACUCGCCCAACAGGAAAAGACCCUGCAGAAGAAUUUAGAUUGCUGUCGCAAGAAGCAUGAUGCAGAAAAUCAGAAAAGAGAAGCCAAUCUUGACAUUAUUUUGGACAGUCUGCGGCAGGGGAGCACUGUGGAACAAAUGCGUGCCCUCAUGGACAAGGCCCUGGCAUGUUUACAGGACAUUAAAGCUGGGUAUGUGAAAUUUCAUCAUGAUCAAGUCAUUGUCACAGAGUCCUAUCCUGCGAUGGUGCUGAGUGAAUUAAUGUCAUACAGCUCAUCUGUAAGCAAAUUCUUUCAUGUCCAAGAAGUGUACGGAGAGGCUCCUCUGAUAAUUAAAGAAUCAGAUAGUAAGAGCUGCGAAACCAUGUCCCAGGAACCUGGCAGGGCUGACGUGGAGGAAGAGCCUAUAGCAAAACCAGACUAUGCAUCACAGGAUAUUGAUGACAAGUCUGGCGUUACAUGGGAUCACCCUAUGGAGAGAACUGGAGUGAAGACACCUCAACCACCUGAAGUAUUAAUCAAAGUGGCUGAUGAAGGAGAAGUAUCUGCUCAGGUGUCAGCAGAAAAUGAAGACAGUGUAACAACACAAAGUUCUGGCCAUCAUGAAAUUUUGGAAACUCCCAGCAACACUCAGUUCGAGCUGUCACCAGCAAGAGAGCACAUGGAAGUCCCAAAGGUAGUUGAGAGCUUUGUAACAUCCAGAGGAAACUCAUACACUGUGCUGUCACCCAGCAAAAAGCAAAAUGGCACAUCUACUGUGAUAGACCAACCAGUGAUAGAGAAUGUGUUCUUCACCGAGGCUGUCAUAGAAGAGGAAAGCCCUAUCAAUAUAAACCUGAUGCUGGUGCCUGAGAAGCUGAUUACUGAACUGAAGAACAAUAUUCGGCUUGGCUUCUAUGAACACCUGGAGGGUUGGUUUGAUGAAAUGGUGUCCAAUUCUUAUAGUAUUGUUCUGGCCAAAGAGGAAGAGCUGAAGUCUGAACUGGAUUUGCUCUGUCACCUUCAUGAGCCCAGGGGGCUACGCAUAGAAAUGGACAUCCACAACGUUAGGGCAGCUGAAUUGCUCCUACACUCAGAACGUGUGGAUCGGCACUGCGAAGGGGUGAAUCAAGCACUUAAUGAUUUAAAGGAAGAGAGCACUUUACUGAUUGAGAAAAUGAAAAGUGAGACUGAAAAUUUCCGCAGUAAAAUCAUAUCCAUGAAAAGCACAUUCCUGAAUGCCAAUAAGUCUGAUAAACUGGUAGCCCUGUGUAAUUCCUUAUCAUCCAUUCUGGAUAGCCAUAACAGUGGGGUCCAGACUGCCAUGAGGAACUACCGCCAACAUGUGGAGGAGAUGCUGGGAAAGCUCUGUGACACCAAUUCUGAUUUCAUCAAAUCUUUUAGAUUAUUUUCAGAGGGUGGGAAUUUUUCUCCUGAUGAGAUCGAAACUCUUCGUAAGAGGCUGCAUCUAGCAUCAGCCACCAUCGCUUCAUUUGAGGGCUCCAUCAUGGUGGACCUGGAGGGGCUGGAGUCGUUGUGCUUAGAACAGGCCACAGAAGUUGUUAAAAAGUAUGAAGACAAAUUCCAUAGUCUAACAAUGGACACGAUCUUCCUAGAGAAUAUACAGAAAUUACUGACUAAUCUGCAGGUGAAGAUCAAAGCACUGGUUGUGACCAGCAAUUCUCAGAGCCAGCAAAUUAACUGUUACCUGGAGCAGCUACGGAUGAAGAUAGAUGCCUGUACCAGUCCCAACAUGGAUAAAGAAGUGGUGACUAGUCAAGAUCUAUAUGACUUUGCUAAAACUAUUAUGGAAGAAGUCUCCAAGAGGAGCUUCUACUUGUCUUGUCUUCUGGAGCCCAGUCCCAUUCUUCCAGAAGUCCCACUACAAGGCCCAAUUGCAGCAGCAGCAGCUCGUGUAGAUGCCCCAUUGAGACAGGAUGGAAAAUUGGCAUUUGGGACCCCUGACAGCCUGAUGAAUCCUAGCAGAAUAGGGAAACUGGCCUUGGACGAUGCAGCACUGGGUGUGAUAAAGAACAUCAUGAAGACACAGCAAAUGAAUGGAGAGUCCCAACAGGAACACAGUGAUGGGAAUCGACAGCCCAGCCUUGCAGUGUUACGUCAAGGGCAAUCCUUGGCACCACGUCCGCCAUCACGACCGAGUAGUGGGAGUGUAACCAAGAAGAAGCCUGGUUCAGGAAAAGGGGAAAAUACCAAGUUUGCAACCCCAAGUGUCCGCAAGCUGGUGAAACCCACUCGGUUUGACAAAAAAUACCAGGUGUUUGGGGAGAAGAAAGAGGAAUCUGAUAAUUUUACAGGGAUCCUGAUGUCACUUCUGUGGGAGAGCAACAAUAACCUGCUGUACCUGGCGGAGGAAUUUUAUAAAAAGAAGGACCGUCGUUUGGUAGGGCGCCCAGAUUUACUACAGGAAACGUUUGAGGACUGUGCGGACAUGUUGGUGGUGAAGCUUCAGACUUAUGAGAAGCAGGCCAUGGAGUAUCACAACAACUGCUUGCUGGAGUUUCGGGAGCAGCUGGAAGAGUUUGAAAAGCUUUUAUGCAAUGUACCAAAGUUAGUAUUAGAGAGCCUAAGAUGGGAACACUUGGAAGCCAUGGAAGUGAACAUAGAACAAAUACAACAGCUUUUCAAAAAAGAGCUUGAUAAAUGGAACCAAACCAAGGAAGAAAUGAAGAAUCUGCUAAGGCCAAGCCUGGGACACCCAGAAAACUGCAAAACUCUGGAGGACAUCUACGAGGAGGAGGAGAGGAGACAACAGGAGGAGGCAGAGGGAAUAAAGCGCAAUGCUAAACAGCUACAGGACUGUGCUUUGCAGAGCAUGCAGCGUUUUGUCACUUCCUUGGCUUCACUUGCAGAGAGCAUCCUACUGGAGCUGGAUGAGGUGCUUACUGUGGACGAUGUCCUACCAGCCCAAAUGGAAAUCCCAAAGGAGAAGCUGCUGACACUGAUUAGACGCAAGAAAGCUGGCCUGCCCCUGGAAGAUACAGAGUACCAGCCACUGAUAGAGCGUGGGAGCAGGGUCUGGCCAGGAAUUAGCCUCAAGAAUUCUGUAGACAUGAAGCUCGGCAGCAUAACCGAUGUCAUGUCCACUGCAUCUGUGACCACCGCCAAGACUACACUGAGCCAUGUGUCCACAGUUGAAACCAGAGACUCAUCGUACCUGAAAUUCCUGCAGGAUGCAGAGUUGGCAUUGGCGAGCAUCAUAGAGGAGCAGAAGCAACAACAUCUGGCGGCUCAGCGCUGGAAGCAGUGGUGGAGUCAGUCCUUACUCAAAAUAAAGGAGCUGUAUUCAUGAAAAAAUACUAACUGUUCAUUUCUGCAGCCUUCAGUGGACAUAUAGGACCUUCCAUAUUAAACGUUUCUUUGCUGUCAGCAAUCAGAUACUUUUAUUAAUUUGCAUUACAAAUAAAAACUGGAACUUGAUUUGUCUCUAUGAAUAACACAUUAAAGACGUUUUAAAGUAUAAGAUGGGUUUAUCACAAUCCGUA